GAUACCUUCGCAGAAACUUGAGAGUAUAUCAUCGUCAGCUUCAACAUCUCUGUAUCAAGAACCAAAGCCAAAGUAUCUCUUACUUCUAUUCUCUUUCUUCUCUCGCUUCUUCUGUAAAGGCAGAGAAAUGGAGCUUAGCAAGAUAACGCAGGAGAUCUUCUCGAGACUGGAGCAGAAAUGGCUAUCGCAUUGUGAAAACAAGAAAACUAGAAUUCUCAGCAUUGACGGUGGUGGAACAAAAGGCCUUGUUGCCGGAGCAGCCUUAAUCCAUCUAGAAGACCAGAUCCAAGUCAAAACCGGAGAUCCUCAAUCUCGAAUCAUCGAUUUCUUCGACGUUCUCGCUGGAACGGGAAUCGGCGCCAUUUUCGCUGCAAUGCUGACGGCAGACGCCGGUAAUGGUCGCCCGUUGUUCACCGCCAGAGACGCCGUUAAAUUUUUGCAGGAAAAACAGUCGGAGAUGUUUAAGGUCAAGCAUGGAGGGAUUUUCCGACGAAGUCGCAGGUUUUCGAGUAAGAGCAUCGAUAAAUUCUUGAAAGAGGCUUUAAGCAGAGAGAACGGUAAGGUUUUGACUUUGAAGAAUACUUGCAAGCCUCUCCUCAUUCCUUGCUACGAUCUGAACAGCUCUGCACCGUUCGUCUUCUCCCGUGCCGACGCUUCGGAGACUCCGAGCUUCGAUUUCGAACUCUGGAAGGUAUGUCGUGCCACGUCAGCCACUCCAAGCUUAUUCAACCCGUUUCAUCUGAUCUCCAUUGACGGCAAAAUGUCGUGUCUGGCUAUUGACGGAGGUCUCGUCAUGAACAACCCCACGGGAGCUGCCGUUACUCACGCCUUGCAUAACAAACGGGAUUCCCCUCCGUAAACGGCGUCCAAGACU